AUGUCAAAUAACAUUAUGAAAUCAGUAGAACAGUCCUCUAUGAUACAUCAGAAAUAUGACCCUCAGCAAACCUCUGAUAGAACGUUUUUCAUGGAUGCUUCUAAUCAGAACCUCACUACCAUUCCAUCGGAGAUCUUAGAAUUAAAAGAAUUAGAAGAAGUGCAUCUGGAAAAUAACCAGAUUGAAGAAAUCCCUGAGGAUAUCCAGUAUUUAAAGAAUGUCAGAAUCCUCUACCUGAACAAGAACAAGCUGAGCAAGCUGUGUCCCCAGUUGACAAGUCUGGGGAGCCUGGAGGGCCUGGACCUGAGCGACAACCCCCUCCUCCCCUCCUCCCUUCUGGUCCUCAGCGGCCUCCGCAGGCUGCGCGAGCUCCGCCUCUACCGCACCCAGCUGCGGAAGAUGCCGGUGGAACUCUGCAAACACCUUCACCACCUCGAGCUGCUCGGACUGUCCGGAAACCAGCUGGCAGCGCUGCCCGUGGAAAUCGUGAACCAGACCAAACUGAAGGAGAUCUACCUGGAGCGAAACCAGCUGGAAGCUUUCCCGCCGGAGCUCUGCGUCCUCUACAACCUGGAGGUCAUUGACCUGGAUGAGAACAAACUAACGGUCAUUCCAGAAGAGAUCGGGAACCUGACCAGGCUGCGGAAGCUCUACGUGGCCCGCAACGACCUACACUGUCUGCCCGAGUCUCUGUGCCAGUGCAGCCAGCUGUCGGUGCUGGACCUGUCCCACAACCGCCUGCACUCCAUCCCGCCCACCCUGGAGGGGCUCUCCGAGAUGACGGAGCUGGGGCUGAGCGGGAACCCUCUGGAGAAGGUGCCGCGCCUCGUCUGCAGGUGGACCUCGCUGCACCUGCUCUACCUGAGCAACACCGGCCUGCGGGCGCUGCGCCGCUCCUUCUGGCGGCUGGUCAACCUGCGCUUCCUGGACCUCAGUCAGAACCAUCUGGAAAGCUGCCCGUUGCACAUCUGUGUCCUGAAGAACCUGGAGGUCCUGGCGCUGGAUGAUAAUAAAAUACAGCAGCUGCCUUCAGGCUUUGGCUCACUCUCAAAACUGAAGACGCUUGGGUUAACUGGGAAUCAGUUCCUUACAUUUCCAGAAGAACUCUUUUCUUUAGAGUCUUUAGAGAAAUUACACAUUGGGCAAGAUCAGGGAGCCAAGCUCACCUAUGUGCCAGAUAAAAUCAGGGCACUACAGAAUCUCAAAGAGCUGUAUAUUGAGAACAACCAUCUGGAGUACUUGCCAGUAGCCCUGGGGUCAAUGCCUACCCUAGAAAUUCUUGAUUGCCGCCACAAUCUGCUUAAGCAACUUCCAGAUUCCAUCUGCCAAGCACAAGCUUUGAAAGAAUUACUGCUGGAGGACAACUUGCUCACCCAACUUCCGGAUGAUUUAGACUGUCUUGUGAAUCUCAAGGCUUUGACACUGAUGGGCAAUCCCAUGGAAGAACCCCCAGUAGGAGUAUGCACUGAAGGCAGAGAGGCUAUAUUCACAUACCUUAAGGAGAAAAGAAAUAUGAAAAUACUAGCAACAAAGAUUCAGGCAUGGUGGCGUGGAAUGAUGGUACGGAAAGGAUUGGGGAAAUUUGAAGAACUGUCAAAAUUACGAAAGAAAGGAAAGAAUUCUCCAAAAGAUAAGAAAGGAAAGAAGGUCGAAAAAGGAAAACCUGUAAAGGAAAAGAAGAAAUAACUUUGUGUAUUAAUGUCGAGGUAAUGAACCCUCAUGGGUUAAGGAGGCAAAAUAUAUAGGAGGUGGAUGCCUACCACGCUAAAAUUAUUCAUAGACUUAUGGCCAUGUAUAAAAGAAAAGAACCUUAUUUUUACUGAAAUAUUUGUGAUAAAAUGGUGUGAACCCUGGGAAUUGCUUCCUGAUAAUAUCAGGGAGAAGUAAAAGGGGGAGAUCCCAAUAAAACAAGAUUGGCCAUAAACAGAUCAUUGUAGAUGCACCUGUACGUGGAGGUUUGUUAAGUGCUCUACUUUUAAAAAACUUUUAACUUUGAAAUAAUUAUAUAUUCAUGGGAAAUUCCGAAGAGACACACAGAGAGGCUCAUGUGCCCUUUACCCCGCCUCAGUGCUGACACCUCGCAUAACCAUAACACAGGAGUAAGAUCAGAAAGGCUGCAUGGUGCCCACAGGAGAACUUACUCAGACUUCUCCAGUUAUACACACAUGCACUUACCUGUGCACGUAGGUCAGGGCAGUGGUGUCGCACGCAGCUUCAUGUAGACACCACCGCAGUCAGGAUGCAGAAUGGU